AUGGAGUUCGAUGCUGGCCGCGACGGCAGCUUCGACACCGGCUGUCCGUCUUUCUUGCCAAACAUGUUUGGCAUUGGCAUGAACGGAGGCAUGCCCAUCAUGAACGGAGGCGGCAUGCCCGCCUGCCCGUUUGCUCCCGGCAUUCCCCCAGGCAUUGCACCGAGCAGCCCGCUCAAACUUGGCGGAAUCGACCCGCUGGCAAUCAAAUCAUUGAUCAAUUUCGAUGGAUUGAACUCGGCACGCAACUUAUCCUGUUUCGAACACUCGUCCAGCGACAGCUGUGUGAUGGGCUGGCCGUUGUACGACGCCACCUGGUUCACGUCCAGGCCUGUUGUCUGUGUGAAGAUCGGCACCGACGGCUGCUGGGUGCCUGCGACGGGCUCGUCCUUGGGCUUCUCCUCCACCGCAACGGGCUUCGACUCGGACGACCCAAUGAUGAACUCCACGUCCGAGUCCGAGUCGUCUUCGUCGCUGGAGCUGUCGCCGCUCGCGUCCGCGGCCGGCUGGGCGUCCUUGGCCUCCAGCUGCGCGCCGUCCUUGGCCUCGAUCGUCGUCUCCGACUGCUGCGCGUCCUUCUCCUGCGCGGACCCGUACAAAAACUCGUCGUCGUCCAUGGGAGAAGUGUAA